AUGAGGAUUGACUUAAAUGAAAAGAUUGUUGAUAGUUCUUCAUUUUCAGAGUUGCUGGUUCAUGCUGAAAAGAAGAAUCAAAUACCUGCAGUUAAAAAUCAGAAUCAGUUAGCUAUACAGUCCAAGAUACCACAUCCUAACUCUAAUCUUCAGGACAUUGUAUCUCACAAAGUAUCUCAAAUUGAAAUUCAAGAAGUUUCAAAGGGAAUUCAGCAGGUAGAGGAGAAUAAAGGAAUGGAAGACAGAGGCAACAACAUCCAUAAAGUAGCUAAAGAAGCUGGUUUAUCACCAAAGGCUCUAGCUAAGAGUGGAAAGAAACAAAAAGUUCAGGAGGUCACUCAGACCAAGAGAACUUCAAAGAGGACAGCUUCUUCAAAGGACUGUAGAUAUUUGCAAAAAUACAAAAGGAGACUUGGCAUAGAGGCUGCUAUUUCUAAUACGAAUGAUAAGAUUUGUGUUUUUGUGGAGGCUACAGUACAAUGGGAAGUCUUAAUGGAUGAAGAUCAACAGAUCACCUUGAAGAUUCAUCACCAAGACAUAGAGAAAGAUAUCAUAGUUUCUUUUGUUUAUGCCAAGUGUGAUGAGGGAGAGAGACUAGCAUUGUGGGAUGACAUGUAUCAAAUUGCAAGUUCCAUGAACUUGCCAUGGAUGAUAGGAGAAGAUUUUAAUGUUAUUCUAUCAGAAGAGGAGAAACUUGGGGGUACACCUGUAACUCUGAAUGAAUGUGAGGAUUUUGCAUUUUGUGUAAAUUCUUAUGACUUAUUUGACAUGGGAUUUAAAGGAAGUCCAUACACUUGGUGGAAUGGUAGAGCAGCAGAAGACUAUAUUUUUAAAAGAUUGGACAUAAUAAUGGUAAAUUCCCAAUAUCGGGAAGUAUUUUCUCAAAUUGAAGUGGAACAUUUAACUAGAACUGGAUCUGAUCAUUCCCCUAUGUUAUUAUCUUGUGGAGAAGCAACUAUCAACCUGAAGAAACCUUUUAGGUUUUUGAAUUUCUGGACUCAACAUGAGUCUUUUCAGGAGGUGGUCAAGCAGCACUGGCAGACAGGAUUUGUGGUUAAGGUGAAGGAACAAUUGUUUGAAGAAGACCCUAGCAUAAUCAAUAUAGUUGUGCUUCAAAAGGCACAAGCAGAAUUGAAGAAGUACUUAAAUAUUGAAGAGCAGUAUUGGAAGCAGAAGGCUGGGGUUACUUGGUUCAUUGAAGGAGACAGAAAUACUAAUUUUUUCCAUAAUCAUGUUAAUGGCAAGAGGAAAAAAUUACAUUUGAACAGAAUUCAGAAUGAUAAUGGGGUGUGGCUGGAAACAGUGGAUCAAAUUUUGAAGGAAGCAGUCAAGUUUUUCAGAUAUCAGUUCACACAAGAGGGAGAUACUCAAGAUUUUGAAAUCCUCCAACAUGUCCCUGCAAUGCAUUGUUGGGAUAUUGGAGGUAAUGAUGUUCAUGCUGUAGUUUUGGCUUUCUUUGAUGGUAAAGAACUUCCUAAAUCCAUCACCCAUACAAACCUGGUUCUAAUUCCUAAGAAACAGUCUGUGCGAACAUUCUCAGAUAUGAGACCUAUCAGCUUGUCUAAUUUCAUUAAUAAGGUGAUUUCAAGGGCCAUACAUGACAGAUUGGAAAGCAUUAUCCCUUCAUUGAUAUCUUCAAAUCAAUCAGGCUUUGUAAAAGGUAGGAGCAUAUUUGAGAAUAUAUUACUCACUCAGGAGAUAGUCUCAGAUAUCAGGAUAAGGGGAAAGCCUGCAAAUGUGGUUAUUAAAUUGGAUAUGGCCAAGACUUAUGACAGAGUUUCUUAG